AUGGAUGCUGGGGACCACAGAUUUUCUGCAACGGGAGCUGUUGCCUCGGCAACUCCCCGCGUUGCUGUGGCGGAAAGUGUUGCCUGGGAGGUGAAUCCAUCGGCCUUACCUGCUGCCUGCCGUCUCCCACCAGCGAUCCCACCAUUGCCGGCACCUGCUGCAGCACCCGCACCAGCUACUGCUGCGGCAGCAACUGCUGCAAGCACGGCACCACCUGCUGCAACGGCAAAUGCUGCGAGCCCGGCUCGACCUGCUGCAACGGCAAGUGCUGCCCGGGCAACGUGA